GCCCAAAUCUGUCAAAUGGUUGUGACACUGCAAAAAGGUUUGAUGCAAGAAAACAAAUCGUCAUUUGGAUCUGUGUAAACUAGUUUCGUUUGUUUGGUUUUGCGAGUAAAAUAAAUAGGAAAAAUGUCGGUGGAACCAACUAGAGAGCGAGGAUUGCAAGAUUACCGCAAGAAAUUGCUGGAACACAAGGAAGUCGAGUCACGGCUCAAAGAAAUGCGUGAACAGUUGAAGGAAUUAACGAAGCAAUUUGAUAAAUCGGAAAAUGACUUGAAAGCACUUCAGAGCGUCGGCCAAAUUGUUGGUGAAGUAUUGAAACAGCUAACCGAAGACAAAUUCAUUGUUAAGGCAACAAAUGGUCCACGUUAUGUGGUUGGUUGCCGUCGUCAAUUGGACAAAACUAAAUUGAAAUCCGGCACUCGUGUUGCACUCGACAUGACAACAUUAACAAUUAUGCGCUAUUUGCCACGCGAAGUUGAUCCAUUGGUGUAUAACAUGUCGCACGAGGAUCCAGGUGAAGUUACUUAUUCAGCUAUUGGUGGUUUGAGCGAACAAAUCCGUGAAUUGCGUGAAGUCAUUGAACUGCCAUUGAUGAAUCCAGAAUUGUUCUUGCGUGUCGGUAUCACACCACCAAAGGGUUGCUUGUUGUACGGUCCACCAGGUACCGGAAAGACGUUGUUGGCCCGUGCCGUGGCAUCGCAACUUGAUGCCAACUUCUUGAAAGUGGUUUCCAGCGCCAUUGUCGACAAAUACAUUGGUGAAAGUGCACGUUUGAUUCGUGAAAUGUUCAAUUAUGCACGUGAUCAUCAGCCAUGCAUCAUAUUCAUGGAUGAAAUUGAUGCUAUUGGCGGUCGCCGUUUCUCCGAGGGAACAUCAGCUGAUCGUGAAAUUCAACGUACGCUCAUGGAGCUGCUCAAUCAAAUGGACGGUUUCGAUUCACUUGGUCAAGUCAAAAUGAUUAUGGCUACAAAUCGUCCAGACACUUUAGAUCCUGCCUUGUUGCGUCCAGGUCGUUUGGACAGAAAGAUUGAAAUUCCACUGCCAAAUGAACAGGCACGUUUGGAAAUUCUUAAAAUCCAUGCUGGUCCAAUUGCUAAACACGGCGAAAUUGACUACGAAGCCAUUGUCAAACUCUCAGAUAAUUUCAAUGGUGCCGAUUUGCGUAACGUUUGUACUGAAGCUGGUCUUUUUGCUAUCAGAGCUGAACGGGAGUACGUGAUCCAAGAAGAUUUCAUGAAAGCGGUACGUAAGGUGUCCGACAACAAAAAACUGGAAAGCAAAUUAGACUACAAGCCAGUAUAAACAUCAUCACUCCAUCAUUUUGAUAUACAAUUCUAACAUUUAUUAUAAACAUGUCUCUUCAAAACGAAUAAAAUUGCAUUUCGAUUUAGA